GCCAUUUGCCGUGCGUUUCGGAAAACAUAAUUCCAUUAUUACCCUGACAUGGUCUGGCUCCCCUCCUGUUUCACUGUUUCCGCUUGCCACCGGCAAAAAAGGGAACUUAUCAUUCAUUCGUCGCGCCCUUCGAUCCUCUCCGCCACCACCAAUGAAGCUCCCCAAGAAGAAGAGGAGAAAAAAUCAUUAUUAUGCGUCAACCGUGUCCCUUAAUCAAACGCGUUCGUCGCCAGGCCAGCGCGCACCCGACCGUGGCUGCUCCUUUCGCGUUAGUGUUGUUUCUCUAGUCAGACGACCCAGUCGGAUCGGAGGGUUUCGAGCACGCAUUUGCGUUGUAUCCGGGUUUGCCUGUGGGCGCCACUCACACUCACACUGCGUUUGCUGAUAGACAGUUUAUCUUUCUGCAACUUGCAAGUGCAGCAACUCGGAAGUGUGGGUGUUCUUCGUACACAGAUAAGAAAGCCGGCACGAGCGGGAAGGGGGAGGCUGCGUGCGAUGCGUCAACACGGUGUUGUGCACCGAAGCCCACAGCGUAACCAGCGUUCUCCAAAGCGCCAGGAAGGAGCAUCGGCAGACGCGAGACACGCAACACCUGGCUGGUGGCAAGCGCUAGAUACGCGGAUUGCUGAUUGAUUGUACCAGCAGCUCGUCACGUUCGUCGCGCGCUCGAUGAAAUCGCCCACCGUUACACGCGGAACGAUAAGCGUUACAUGCUGACGCGGCGAGACCCAUUUCAGAUGAGCUGCGGAUUCACGACCGGGUUCUAGCGCGCUGCUGCAUCGGUUCCCUAUCGCUCAGACGUGUCACAUUCUUUUCCGGUGGCCCGUUGGGGAAAAAAAGAAAAUAACGCGCUCGAACGCAACCCGUCGCCGUGCGAUCACACGCCCGAUUGGAGGGAUAGAAAGUUAGCACCCCUUAGCAACGCAGUAGUAAUUGAUUGCGGUAACGCCAGAAUGCAGUCACCGUUGGGGUGGUGCUAAACGGCGGAACAAACCCGCCAUACAACGCCCGCGAGAACCGAUCGAGCCCCACAAGCACCAAGCAAACACCAACGAGCGGAGCGCUAGUUUUGCAUGGUGGACACGUUCUACCGGGAGAAGGGGAACCGAUGCCCGUGAUAGCUAGUGACCGUAGCAAUGGGCUCGGCACCUGACCCCGGGGGCCGACGGGACGACGGCGCACACCAUUAGACUUCCCCAUCCAGCGUCAACUACUGCUGCUGUGCCGGGUUGUGCAUUUUAUCGCCUUUCCAGACCGAGAGCAACCAUCAGCAACAUCUCGCGAGCAAACCAUAACGACGCUUUACCCCCUUUCCCCCUUCACUUCCUUCUCUUCUCUCCCUUCUACUCCCGCGGUCGCCAACGGAGCGCCGGCUACGUCAAUUUUGCCAAUAUAUCUUCCAGCGCGCGGCACUCAUCACUGGAACGCUCUGCACGUGCCGGGCGGGCCAGGGGAACCGAUACAGGGCGAAUUAAUUGCACAAACGCGUUCGUUCCUUUAGCUUUAACAUUUUAACUGUCUAAACUAACAGCGCUGAACUGAAACAAACAAAUAUACUGAAGACAAAAAAACAUAUCGCCUACGAUCGCUUCCGGGACAACAGCGCGCUAAGGAAAUAUUGCGCAAGCAGUUGGAGAACGCGGUCACAGAGGAAAGCGACUAAUACACGCCAAAACCCCGUCCGUUCGUUUGUUGACCGGGUAAGAGGCUAAUCUUUUAAAGCUGAUAAGCGCCAGAACGCCGCCGCUGUCACUAUUGUUUCGGACGCUGGUCCGGGAGCACGUUGACGAAAUCGAAACCCGCCGCUUGUUAUACACACAAGCCCCGCGCACAUACGCGAAAGCGGCGUGUUGAAUCUUAGCCUCCUAGGAGCAACCGAAGCGUAUUCGAGAAGGUAGACAUCAUGCGGUUAGUGUUGCGCAACCGCAAGCUCUCGUUGGCCGCCGUCGGCUGCCUGGUCGGGCUGGUGCUGCUCUGGAAAUGGGCGGACGUGCGAUCGAUGUGCUGGGGCGGCAGCAGCAGCAGUGCCCACAGUGCCGGUGUCAUGGUGCGAGAUGAACAGACGGCGGAAGGCGGAGGUAAUUAUCGGUACCAUCGGAACAUGCCACUAAUAUUUAUCGGCGGUGUGCCCCGUUCCGGUACCACGCUGAUGCGCGCCAUGCUGGAUGCCCAUCCGGAAGUACGCUGCGGUCAGGAAACGCGCGUCAUACCACGCAUCUUGCAGCUGCGCUCCCACUGGAUGAAGUCGGAGAAGGAAUCGGUCCGGCUGGUGGAAGCCGGCAUCACGAAGGAGGUGCUGAACGGAGCGAUCGCCCAGUUCUGUCUCGAGAUCAUUGCCAAGCACGGCGAUCCGGCCCCGCGGCUCUGCAACAAGGAUCCGCUCACGCUCAAGAUGGGCUCGUACGUGAUCGAGCUGUUCCCGGCGGCCAAGUUCCUGUUCAUGGUGCGGGACGGGCGGGCCACCGUGCACUCGAUCAUCUCGCGCAAGGUCACGAUCACCGGGUUCGAUCUGACCAGCUACCGGCAGUGCCUGACCAAGUGGAACCAGGCGAUCCAGACGAUGCACGAGCAGUGCAAGGAGAUUGGCAGCGACCGGUGCAUGAUGGUGUACUACGAGCAGCUGGUGCUGCACCCGGAAGAGUGGAUGCGCAAGAUACUGCACUUUCUCGACAUUCCCUGGAACGACUCCGUGCUGCACCACGAGGAGUUCAUCAACAAGGAGAACGGGGUGGCACUGUCGAAGGUGGAACGGUCCUCCGAUCAGGUCAUUAAGCCCGUCAAUCUGGAGGCACUGUCCAAGUGGGUCGGCAAGAUACCGAGCGACGUGAUACGGGACAUGGCAGACAUUGCCCCGAUGCUGUCCGUGCUGGGCUACGACCCGUACUCCAACCCUCCCGACUAUGGGAAGCCCGAUUCGUACGUCCAGGAGAAUACUUACAAGGUCCGGUCCAAUCCGCAGAUGUGGGAGCACCGGGCAAAGGAGCUGCUGAACCGGGACCCGCUCGCCGACAACAUGCCACCGAAGGCGAAGGAUACCGACGAGGACGACUACGGCGCUGGCAGCAAGGAUCGGAAAUCGUGAUGAAAUUGCUGUCGAUGCUGCUGCGAUAGCAAGUGGACCGUUUUUAACCGAUGUGCGGCGGCUAGCCGUUAAAACACGGUCACAACAACAACAAAAACAGUGCAAUAGCGCCGAUGCGAUCUACACAAAAAGACUUUGGUGGUUUAUGUUCAUAGUUUUAGUUGACUGUUUAUGGGUGUAAGCACUGCAAUGUAUCUAUAUUUUGCAGCUUUAACUAAUUAGGGCCAUAGCUAUACAAUGGAAGGAGAUCAAACUGACAACAGCAACACAAAAUUCCCACGCAAAAUGAUGCAGUAGAAAGCGCAACACCAACACGACUAUCGUUGUACGGCGGCUUGCUAGACCUCUUUUUUGUUUCUUUAUCCCACAACUGCGACCGUGCUCGAUCGCGCUAGUAUAAUAGAUACGUCCUGUGGAAGCCGGAGAGCCUACAUCCAGUGUAGAUUUGUAUGCGUAUUAUGUUGUGCCUGUGGAUGGUGGUAAAGAAAUAGGGCCGGUCUAACCAGGAGAAUCAUCGCGCGUCGUGCAAUCGCAGGUGAAUCGUCAACGCGAUCGGCUGCUUCAUGCUUUUGUUUGUGAGCUGAUAGCAGCUCAAACCUUUUAUAGUCAAAAAAAUAUCCCUCCGCCCCCGCCCUUGAGCAAUGGAAGUGACUGGUAGCGUAGCAUAGAGCUCUGGGAGAAGGGACAGCAACAACGAGUGUACUUGCGUACAGUAGUGUAGUUAAUGUAGACCGGAUUGACGGCAUAGCCCGGCGUCCCAGCACGGCGUGCUCUGCUGUGAGCGGGCCAAAGAAGAAGGGAGGGAAUUUAUUAUGAUAUGAAAUAUAGGUGUGCUCGUGGGGCGGUUUUGUAACAACUGCGAACACGUCACAGUUUAUCAACUAACUUUUAAUGGCAAGCCAAUAACUGUAAUAAUGCUAGACAAGCUGAUUUACUGCAGCACACUAGCCACGUAAGGUUAAGGGUAAUUGGGACGAUAGGGCGAGGUAUGUGAAAAUUACAAGAGUAGCAAAUAUCGACGAAUGCACUAUGAAUGGAUGCAUGAGUUCGUUUACCUAAAACAACAAACAAACAAACCCAGUUCCUUGUAAGACUCGGACGCUUCAUCACAGAACACAGCGAAACAGCUUAUUCUCUGCCACCUUUUCCCCACCUCCUCCGGAAGUAAAAGAAAAACACGCAAUCGCAAUAUGCAAACGUACAACGCAAAACAA